AUGCCUGUCUAUAUAGUGCUCGACUACGAUGUGCUCAUUCAGAGGUUAAAAACUGUCUGCCCCCUUGUCAAUUCUCCCUCCCUAAUCGCCGUGAUACCAUCGUUUGUCUUGAGGAAAUUGGACGCAAAUAAGAAUUUGUGCGCAGAGGCCCGACCGGCGAUUAGGAUGUGCGAAAUGUGGCAGACACGAGGUCGCAUUCGCGUUGUGACAGCGUCGACACAUACCGAAUGCUGCAACAGCCUGGCAGAAUCGGUCGCUGCAGCUGGCGAUGUCGGAGCUAAGUCGCCCAGACAUGCACUGGUGGCGGUACUUGUUGAGGAUUUGGAGAGCUUCCAAGAUAUGCAAAUUCCUUGUAAGUUUUGA